AUGUGUGCUACUGCUGAAAAGCCAUUUGAGAGAAAUCAACUUAAUUACGUCAAGGUUACGGAGUAUCAACUAAACCUUCAUAAGACCUUUGAGGAUCAAUGCGACCUUGUUAAAAACUCAAUACUUCCAAGAAUUACAAAUGCUUUGGACAAGGCAACAUUUCUAGUAGUCGAUAGCAUAAUUUAUAAAAUGCUACAUCAACGUCAUCGACACCAAAGGGAUGAAUUCAUCAAAGAACAAAAACCGGCAACAGAGGUGGACAAUCAUAAAAGAAGGAGACAUAAAAAUGGACAUGUAGAUGCUGUACAUCAUUUAUUUGAAGUAAAUGAUAAGUUAAUAAGAAAGAUAGCAAAAGAAGACUUAAUGAAGUUACAGACAAGUAAUUGUUACCAUUCUUCAAAAAUCUCAGAAACGGAUAAAGAAUCGGUAAAAAGAAAGAUUGUAAUUUAUGACUUGAAGUGGAGAUCACAAGCUCUAAAAGAAUUGUUAAGAGAUUAUGUAGACAAGAUUCACGAUGAAACGGCUAAGGUAAAACCAACUCGGAUAAGAAGUUAUAGAUCAGGGUUUGCAUCGGAGGAUAAGCCGCCAAUAAAUGCGCCAAGAUGGAUGUUGGCCAAAUACGAAACUGAGACCGAUGACACAACUAUUUGA